UGCCGAGAUGCAACAGAGUAACGAGCUGCGAUUGGCUUUUCCGCAGGGGUUGCGGUGGUGCCUGGAACCCCGGGGCCCAUCCGUACCUCGGAGGAGGCGAUGGCCUUCUGCCAGAAGCACGGGCUGCCCGUCAUCUUCAAGGCGGCCUUCGGCGGCGGCGGGCGCGGGAUGCGCGUCGUGCGCAAGAUGCAGGAGGUUGAGGAGAUGUUCAAUCUGGCGUCGUCGGAAGCCCAGAAGGCGUUUGGCGAUGGUGCCAUGUUCAUCGAGAAGUUCAUCGAACGGCCGCGCCACAUCGAGGUGCAGCUGCUGGGAGACCACGCGGGGAACGUGGUGCAUCUGUACGAGCGAGACUGCUCCGUACAGCGCCGGCAUCAGAAGGUGGUGGAGAUAGCGCCUGCUCCCAACCUUGACCCCAAGGUACGCGAUCGCAUGACAGAGCAGGCGGUGAAGCUGGCAAGGCAUGUGGGCUAUGAGAAUGCUGGCACUGUGGAGUUCCUAGUGGACCCUCAAGGAAACUUCUACUUCAUUGAAGUGAACGCUCGGCUGCAAGUGGAACACACGGUCACUGAAGAAAUAACAGGAAUCGACUUGGUGCAGUCACAAAUUCGUCUGUCUGAGGGUCUCACCUUGCCCGAAUUGGGUAUGACCCAGGACAAAAUUGUGUCUCAGGGAUGUGCAAUCCAAUGCAGAGUGACCACUGAAGAUCCUGCCAAGAACUUCCAGCCAGACACUGGUCGCAUUGAGGUGUUCCGUAGUGGUGAGGGCAUGGGUAUCCGACUGGAUGGAGCAUCUGCCUUCGCUGGUGCACAGAUCUCCCCAUAUUACGAUUCGUUGUUGGUGAAGGUGAUUUCCCGAGCUCAUGACCUGCAGUCGUCUUGCGCAAAAAUGAGCCGUGCAUUACGAGAAUUCAGAGUGCGUGGUGUAAAGACAAACAUUCCAUUCCUAUUGAACGUGCUUGAGAAUCAGAAGUUUUUAAAUGGAACUGUGGAUACAGAUUUCAUUGAUGAGAACCCCCAGCUCUUCCAGUUUAAGAAGUCUCAAAACAGAGCUCAGAAGCUACUUAAUUACAUCGGGUCUGUGCUUGUAAAUGGUCCAAGCACUCCAUUGGCGACUGGCCUCAAGCCAGCAGAAAUUAUUCCUCACAUUCCAGAUAUUCCACUAGAUUUCUCCGCCCAGGCUUCCGUGGAGGGCAGUGACGGUGAAGGGGAAUACCCCCCAGGGACGCGCACCAGUCGCUGCUGGCGACGCGCGUGCCGCACGCACGACCUGCUGCGCGUGUCGCCGUACGUGGCGCACCACUUCUCCGGCUGUUCGCCCUGGAGAACUGGGGGCGGCGCCACCUUCGACGUGGCGCUGCGCUUCCUGCACGAGUGCCCCUGGGAGCGGCUGGAGUUCAUGCGCCGCCUGCUGCCCAACGUGCCCUUCCAGAUGCUGCCUGCGCGGCGCCAAGCCGUCGGCUACACCAACUACCCGGACAACGUCGUCUACAAGUUCUGCGAGCUGGCCGUGGAGUCGGGCAUGGACAUCUUCCGCGUGUUCGACUCGCUCAACUACAUGCCCAACCUGAUCGUGGGCAUGGAGGCGGCGGGCAAGGCCGGCGGCGUGGUGGAGGCGGCCAUCUCGUACACGGGCGACGUGGCCGACCCGGCGCGCACCAAGUACGACCUCAAGUACUACGUCAACCUGGCCGACGAGCUCGUCAAGGCCGGCACGCACGUGCUCGCCAUCAAGGCGCUGCGCGACCGCCACCCGCACGUGCCGCUGCACGUGCACACGCACGACACGGCCGGCGCGGGCGUGGCGCCGAUGCUGGGGCGGCCGGGCCGGCGCCGACGUGGUGGACGUGGCGGUGGACUCCAUGUCGGGAUGACGUCGCAGCCCAGCAUGGGCGCCAUUCGUGGCCGCGCUGCAGGGCACGCCGCUCGACACCGGGUUGCAGUUGCCGCACAUAAGUGAGUAUUCAGCGUACUGGGAACAAGCGAGAACACUGUACGCUCCGUUUGAGUGCGCAACAACAAUGAAGUCUGGCAAUGCUGAUGUGUACCUGAAUGAGAUUCCUGGAGGACAAUACACCAACCUUCAAUUCCAAGCUUAUUCCCUCGGCUUGGGAGACUUCUUUGAGGACGUCAAGAAGGCUUAUCGCGAGGCAAAUUUGCUUCUGGGUGACAUAAUCAAGGUGACCCCAUCAUCGAAAGUUGUUGGUGACCUUGCCCAGUUCAUGGUGCAGAACAAGUUGACAUCUGCUGAUGUGAUGGAGCAGGCGGAGGAGUUGAGUUUUCCACGAUCGGUUGUUGAGUUCCUGCAGGGCAACAUUGGUGAACCAUACGGAGGGUUCCCUGAGCCCUUCCGCUCGCGUGUCCUCAAGGCCAUGCCGCGAGUGCAAGGUCGACCUGGAGCUUCCAUGCCUCCUCUUGACCUUGGUGCCCUCAAGACUGACCUGGCUUCGCGGCAUCCAGACAUCUCUGACCGCGAUGUCAUGAGCGCCGCUCUCUAUCCAAAGGUUACUGAAGACUUCCUGACGUUCAGAGACAAAUAUGGACCUGUUGACAAGUUAGAUACCCGUAUCUUCCUGACAGGACCUAAAGUUGGUGAGGAGUUCGAGGUUACGAUAGAGCGAGGCAAGACGCUGGGCAUCAAGACCCUGGCAAUGGCUGAGGACCUCAGGCCCAACGGGGACCGUGAAGUUUUCUUUGAGUUGAAUGGGCAGCUGCGAUCUGUGUUCAUUCAGGACAAAAAUGCUGUGAAGGAGAUCCACGUGCACCCGAAGGCGCAGCCCAACGUGAAGGGCCAAGUGGGCGCCCCGAUGCCGGCCGAAGUGGUAGACAUCCGCUUCAAGGUGGGCGAGCGCGUGGAGAAGGGCGCGGCGCUGGUGGUGCUGUCUGCGAUGAAGAUGGAGAUGGUGGUGCAGGCGCCGGCGACGGGCGUCGUCAAGUCGGUGGACGCGCAGCUGGGCAUGAAGCUGGAGGGCGAGGACCUCAUCAUGACCAUCGAGGAGUGAGAGCAGGCAUCAUGUUGUGGUGUGCGGUCACGUACCAGAAUCUUCUUCCAAAGAUCGUUCGGUAAUGUGAUAAGUAGCAGAGCUCAACAGUUUUGCUUUUUUUUGGCAAGACUCUUCACAAAGACUGACUGUGUUUUGGACUUCCAAGUAGUUAAUCUGCUGCAACAUUUGUAUAAAUGUGUAAGUGUGCGCAUAUGUGUCUCUUAAUGUUUGUGCAUAAGAUGAUGCAAUGAUAGCAACUUUAAGACAGUGAUAAAAGCAAAGAAAAUAUGAGUACAGGGAUGGCUGUGGUAAAAAUUGAAGACUGGUAUGUGGAUAUUUAUAAACGGUCUACAUCAUAAUGGUGUUGCAUGAAGGUAUACAAUGACUUAUGAAAAUAUUUAUUUAUUUCUUUAAAAAGCAUUUAUACAUAUUUUUUAUGCUUAAAAAAUAUUGAAAAUUAUGAAAUAGUUUGUUAAUGUUGUAUAUUGAGUGAGGGACUUAAAUAAUCAUUGUUAAAUUGUUCUGCUGUUGUGAUUAGUAAUAAGAUAAUGAUCUAUAUGGAAUAAAAAGAACUCCUAGUACAUUUUUUGGCGGUGGGAAAAUUGUUCAGUGUCAAUUGUGAGUGAAAUCUGUGAGGACUUUAGUUCCAAAAAAGUUCCCAUAAUACUUUUUUUAUAUUCCACCUGUAUUUCACUAGAGAAAAUGGAAUAGAACUAUUGAUUAUUGAAAUUAUGUACUAAAAUGUGUAGAACAAUAAUUCUCAGAAAAUUAAAAUGAGUCAACUAAUUUGAUUAGAAUUGUUGUUUUUUAGUCUUGUUGUUGAAAUAAAAAAUUUAAAAUGUGUCUGUUCUAGCACCUAUUUCAAAAGGAAGAAAAAAAUGUUAUUUAACAUUGUUGUGGAUUAAUUACAAUUAUUAUGCACUUCUGCACAUAUGUAAACUUCUCCUAAUUUGUAUUUUGUGUCACUUUUUGUCAUUUAAACAAUCAUGGCAUGCAGAUGUUAACACAAUAUUGUUGAUGGAAAGUCAAUGAAUAUUUUCAUAGUUGUGUGCAUGUGUGGCUGUCACUUAAUUUGCAUUCCUAGACAGACAAGUGACAGGAGAAUUGUGUGUGAACACAGGAUGCUAAAAUUUAUUGUUGCAGCUAGUGUGUUGUUUGUGUGAAAGGAAAAGUGCCCUGUUUUGUGGGUACUAGGGAUUUAGUUGCUUGAUGUGUACAGAUUUGAAAAUAUUAUGUUGUGUAGAUUAGAUUAAUAUUUUAGAUUUGAGAAUGUGUUAAAAGAUUUUUAUUUCAGUGGCAGAUUAACUUAACUGUUCUGUAGAAUAUAUUUUCAAGAUCUUAAUAGAUGUUUAAAAAUGCUGUAAAUAUUAUGUUUACCCUGUUAAUAAAUUGGCUGAAUUAAGUUUUUUGCAAGGAUGAAAUUUGUAAUAUGUAAAAAAUUGUUCAAAAUUAUAAUAUUGUUGUUAUUAAAAUGUUUAAAGUGAUAUGUUUAAUUUUAAUUUCAAAUUCUAUGGAAUAUAAACUUAGAUAUAAGUGAAUAUUUUGUUCGUUGUAUUAAAGGAUCAAGAACAUUUAUUCAUUUUAUUUGUAAAAGAAAUUGUGCAAUCAAUUCUGUACAUCUUUGAAUAGGGGAAACAACAAGAACAACAAUAAUCAAUUUAGAUUGCAUGUAGGAUGAACAUUUCCUUAUUAGCUUCCUUACUUUUGUUUAUUAUGUUUGGUAGAAAAUGUACACUCUGGAAAUAGUAUUUGAGAUCUACGAUGUAAUUUCUCUGUUAAAUUUUAAAUGUCUCAGGGAAAAUGCAUUUACCUAUUCAUCAAAAUGCAUGUCAUAAAAUAUGGCAUUCAAAGAAAAUUGGACUGACACAAAUUUUAGAUACUAUGAAUUAUAAGGAAUGCCUUGCAGUAUAUUAAAUUGAAUCUGGCAACAUCUAUUCACAUUUUGGUAAUGUCUCAGUUGCAAUAAGAAACAAUAGGUUGGCAUCUAAGUCUCUCGCACAGCUUUUCAAAUUUAAACCUCCCAAGUGAUUCGUAUAAGUACCUAAUAAACCAUUCUUGUGAAAUCAUUACUACACAAAAAGUGACAAUAUUUCGAAUACAAACAAAGAAUUGCAAGUUGACUCAGCCAACUGCUAUGAUUUGAAAGGCAGCAGCCUCUAGUGAUAUAAUACCUACCGCAUCACUACUUUGCUAGGAGCCAAAGACCAGAUUGUAAUGCAUACACA